UUUACAAGAAUAAGGCGUAUCUAGGGCAUCGGACAUAUAAAAAUAUCUAGAGAGACCGGAGAGAUAUAGUGUUAGGUCUAGCUACAAGAUUCGUCGUCGGCCGGAGAGAUAAUCAGUAUCAAUGGGGCGGAGAAAGCUCGAAAUUAAGCGGAUCGAAAAUAAGAGUAGCAGGUCAGUGACGUUUUCGAAGCGGAGAACGGGAUUAAUAAAGAAAGCACGACAUCUUUCCUUGCUCUGCGAUGCGGAUGUCGCCCUCAUCGUAUUCUCCGCCCCCGGCAAACUCUAUCAAUUCUGCAGCAGCGCUAGUAACAGUAUGGCACAUCUUCUUGCUACGUAUGAGAAGAGUCGCCUUGAACCAGAAAGUGGGACCAUCGAAGGAGAUGACCAAGAUUUAGAACUUCCAUUGCAGUGCACAAAAUUUAGAACUUGUAAAGAGCUUCUACAGGAGGUAGACAGACUUGUUGAAGAGAAUAAUACCGAGGAGCUCUCUCUGACUGACAUGACACAACUAGAAGAAGAACUUCAUGAUGCUCUUGUGCAAACACGGUCAAGAAAGACACAGCUAAAGAUGGACUACAUAUCCACUCUCCAAGAAGAGGAAAGGAAGUUAAGCAAAGAUAAGGAAGAAACAGCGAAGCAGUUUUUGAAAGAACGAUUGCCCAAAGUCCAUGUCUCUUGUGUUGGAAGUGUGUACGUUAAUUGCAUCAGUGGAGCAUAUAGUUGCAAGGGUUGAUGAGGUUGGGGGGCAUAACGACCUUGCCACUAACGAGAUGAAUUCGCUCCAACAUCUCCUCACACUCUCUCUUUUUAAUGCCUAAACUUCUCCCACUUACUAACUUUAAUUGCUUCCAGAAACAGUUUGAUCUUUAGAAUGGCGGAUUUAAUUUAAUAAGCCAAUAUUCCAAUUAGAAGUA